AUAUUUGAUGCCGCAGUUCAUGAAAUAAAAUAUUUGUAGCAUCCUAAUAACAGCUAUUCAAAUUUGACAUUUAUCCGUUUAUAUUUGAUGAGCACUCCUAUAACUGUCAAAACUUGGACCAAAUGUUUGAUCAACGAAUACUUGGGAGACCCAACAUUGAGUAGUGCAUGUUGGAUAAUUAAAGAAGUCCUUGUACGACUCAAGCACCUCGGCUGCAAUAUGCUCCAUCUCACAUAGCAUGAAAUACCAUCAUCAAAUCAAGUCAAAAACAAGUAAAACGAUAAAAGGUAACAUUUGCGUCAUGUAAAAUGGGAAUUGAUAAUGAUCAAGUAUUGGAAAUGAUUUUUAACAAUUAAGAUCAAGUCGAGCAACUCUGGUCACCUCUGUAUGUGGUCCUGGCUCUUUUCCCAGUUCGGUCACCAUAUGUGACUUGAAAUUGUAAACUGGCCAUGGGUCUUUUCCUAAGUUCACAGAAUUGAAAUGGAUAUUCGUCCUUUUACAAACUAUAUAAUAGGCAUCAUAAUUAGUUGGUGUUAGAGACUGGAGCUCAUUUUUGAUGAAGAAGUACUUAAUUUAGUUUUAUGAAGUAUAUAAGAACUUGACUAAGGCACUUUAUCAGUGGAUUUUCGCUUUUAUAUAUAUUAUUUAUCAAUUUCAAUAUUAUUUAUGUCAUAUGUUAUGGAACCGAUGCUUGGACCUUGGUGAUGUUGAUACGGAUGCAAGGAGUUACCUCUUGGCUUUGCAAAUUGCUUAAAGAUGCUUCAGUUUUAUGCUCUAUAAUUGUUUUUGAUGUCUUCAAAAUGCGUGGGCCAUGUUAAGAAUGCAUAUAUUCAAUUUAAAUUGAUUAUUAGAUUAAACGAAAUGAAUACAUAGGACAAAUGUCAAAUAAUUACUGCAUAAUGCGUUUUAGAUGAUUUUAAAAGGGCCAAAAACUACGGGCUCUCUUGAGCAACAGGCAUUGAUGUUACUGCGCCCUAACGGCAAUGUCGUCUUCAAUUGCUUGCUGUGCGCAGGUGAGAUAGAUGUGUGCAUUAAGAAAUGAAAAAAAAAUACGAAUAAAUAAAUGAACGAAUAAAUAGAUAAAAUAAACGAAGAAGAUACACUAUAGAAAUAAUUGAAAAAAAAAUAAGAUAAAUUGACCCCAGCACUGCUCUAUUCUCACCAGAGAUAACUUCCACUUAAUUAAAUCACCAACUUUACUUCUCCACAUGACACCACAAUAUAUUCUUGCAAUUUGGUGUAUGCAAAUCAAAUCUGCCAUGAUCAAUUUCAUUACAAAAUUCUCCGUGGCAAAACUGUUGAAAAUGCUAACCAAAAUAUAUGUUUUUCUCUUUUUGUUUUCUUCAACUUGUUUGUAAACAAAAAGAUAGUAAUUACUCUAUAGUUUUGAAAGUCUUAAGGUCCACAUUUCCGGCUUAUGGCGUUUUUGGUCCAAACUACAUACGAAACCAUAGUUACUACAGCUAUACUUCAAAAACUAUAUAAGAUAUAUUAAACACUGUUGUCCUUUUGAAGCGCGGGAUAGCGAAAUGACACUGUUCUAAAUGUUCGACGCAAGAGAACACUCUGGCAAUUUGAGGUUGAGUUACCAAUCUGAAUAAGCGUCCACUUCGCCUAUUAUCGCCCGCUUUACUUUGUCACUGAGGAUUUGAAGUGGAGCAGCUUAAUUAAGGUCAAAAUAAAUCUACCGAUAUAGGCUAGCUCGAGUUCAUCGACACAGUUCUGGAAAAUCGAAGUACUGAUUGUCUCAAUAUGAACAACUUGACAGAAAAAGCGAAUGGAAACGUGUCGUUUGCUGCUACCAACUACAACGAGUUGCGAGUGAUCAAAUUCAUUAUAUACCUUUUAAUCUGUUUGUUCAGCGUUACUGGAAACACACUCGUCAUUCUUUCAGUGAUAUUUUUCAAACGUUUAAAAACAGUUCCAAAUAUCUUCAUAGCUAACUUGGCCGCGUGUGACCUGGUGACUACUUUAUCAAGCAUUCCAUUCGACUUGCCCGCCGAGGAGCUUGGGUACUGGCCUUAUGGUGAAGCGAUGUGUAAGAUCCUGUGGCCUUUGGCAACAUUUACAACAACAUCUGCGGCAUUCACUCUUGUUUCUAUAUCCGCUGACCGUUAUGGAGCGUUGUGCCAUCCUUUAAAUUUUAGAUACAAAAUAACGAGAAGGAAGUGUGCCUUUGUGAUGGGAUUUGUAUAUUUUCUUGCGGCAUUGGCAGUUUCACCAUAUUUAGUAUUCCUCAGGCUUUUUCCUCCAGAUGGACCGGAUGGACUGCCUCAAUGUGGUGAGGACUGGCCCGAGCUUCAACUAAGAAAGAGUUACACAGUGUUUUUGUUCGCCAUACAAUACGGAAUACCGCUGGUCAUAAUGACCUACAUCUAUUUCAGACUUGGUUGCUUGCUACAGAAAAAUACAAGGAAAGCAGGAGAGAUGAGUUCGAAAAAAAAUCCACCCCAACGAAAGAUCAGCCAGUAUUCUACAACGAGUGGUUCUAGCCAGUGCUCACUUCAAAGGCGUAAAGAACAGAAUGAUAAAACAGUAAAGAUGUUCUUUGUUAUUGUGAUGAUUUUCCUUGUCUUCAUGCUGCCUAAUCAAAUACUGUGGAUUCUUUACGACUUUGGAAACUCCCAAGAGCUUUUUGACCACAUUGACUUGGUAGCCUUCGUUUGCCGCGCUUUCACAUACACUAACUCUGUUCUGAAUGCUCUCGUUUACGGUGCUUGUAACAUAAGCUUUCGUAGAGCGUUUAAAGCAAUUAUUCGUUGCAAAUGUGGAAAAUCGCACCAGAGAGAGGACAUGCGGUCAAGGUCGAUCAAAAAAGGGAGGUUUAGCGAAAUGAACUCAACUCGAACCAGAUCACCUCCAAUCGCGAGAGACAGUCCCAAGAGGACUUGCAAUACUCGAUUUAAGAAAACAGACUCAUGUGAAUCGAUUGAAGGAUCUUUUAACUCUGACACUAAUCCAACAUCGCCUGGAAAUUCUUUGAAUAAAUACUACAAGACAGAUUUAAAUGGAAGCAUCUCAACAAAACGACUGAUUAAACAUGAUGACAGAGAUUACAAGAGUAUGCGGGAGAAAAAGACAAACAGUGUUGACAAUAAAGGGCAGUGUAACGGUAUUGCUAAAGAAAAGUACGUUAAUAUCAAUAAUAACAUACAAAUAUUUACCUUUGAAGAUUCUAAGGAAACAAAAUUAUAAUAUUUAGAGGUGAAAUUUAGCACAACAAUAGUUCCUCAAGUGCAUGAUUUUAAAUAAGCACUUUUUCACCAUUUGUAUUCUCAAAAGAAAAUUUUAGUACACUAAAAAGAUACAUACGAGAAAUGUUUAGUAUUUUACAGAAAUGUAGUCCAUUUAUAUCACAGGGGACUGCAUGGUUACUAGUCCGUAAUAAAGGAGUUUAGUUGAAAGUAGAAUCAGCUUGGACUUAUUCUCCUAUAAAGAUGUCAUAUUAUCAAUAUGGGCGCAACUUUGGCUUCUGUUGUUCCAGCUCAGAAUCGAUUCAGUGAGCUGAAAAAAACAAUGAAAUCCCCAGAAGGCACUAAAACUGCUAGAAGUUUUAUAGAAAGUUCGGCUUUUCAAAUGCGCUAAGUAUGAAAUUAAACAUUUUGUCCAUAACAUUAAAUAAUACGAAAUACAUCGUUAAGCAUAACACAUUUAAAUGCAUCAAUAGUUGACGUUUUGCAACACUAGAAUUGCUUGGUAUUAAAUAAAAUAAUAUUUUUGGCAUCAUUCUUUGUUAAUAGCAAUGUACGCUUUUUAAAUUUAAAUUUCUUCGCAAGAUGACAGGCGUAGGAACGCAAUGCGCACGCUCGUAAGAACGAACGGUAACUAGGGGCAACUUAAGAUUUCUGUUUUGAGAAAUUUCCUAAGUUAAGAAAUUACUGAAGAAUUGCAGUAUUCCUUAUCACAGUGGCAAAAUAUUUUUAUUUUUAACACCGUUGUAUAUACAAACAAGAUCAAACACGGCAAGCUGUUCUUUUGAAAACAACAAAUUAAACUUGAAUCCUGGCGUCAUGUGGAGACGUUGUU